UUUGUUGCGUUAAACAGGUAAAGCAGCUGAGAUAGCAGACGACAUAGUGUUGCAUUUUGCAACAAGUUUGAGGGUUUGUUUUGCGAAUUCGUCCUUCUUGUUGGCACGAUUGUGUGAAACUUCGGUAAUCUAUAAGUCUUCCAGUAAAGAAACGCAUGAUUCAGGAUGUCGGAGCAACAGAAAAGACGACUACAAGUUCUGCAAGUGCACCUGUCCAGUGGAGCAAAACUUCAGGCCAGGUCUACAGGUCCUGAACCUCUGCAAAGUGGCGAAGGCAAGGUGUGCAUGGUGGAAACAGGAGCUAAACUGGCACUGGGCAAAAAGUUUCAGGAACAGAUCAAGAAGCGUGGCAUCAGUGCAGAGGUUCAGCCCCCACCCCCAGGCUUGGAGCAGGCACACAGGACUCUCCUGACGCCUGAAGCUGUGGCAUUUGUGGCCAGACUUUGUGCAGAGUUUGACAGAGAUGUUGAUCAGAUGUUGAGGGCUCGUGUUCUGAGGAAGAUACAGAUGGACCAGACGGGAGAACUUCCAGACUUUCCUGAGAAAACCAGGCGGAUUCGUGAGGCCGAAUGGAAGGUCCACCCAGUCCCCAGGAGGUUACAGAACAGACAUGUGGACCUGGGCGAUGUCUCACCUGCCAACACUCAACACUUCCUGCAGGCACUUAACUCUAAAGCAGAGGGCAUCCAGACUGAUUUUGAUGACGGUCACUGUCCCACCUGGACCACCCAGCUGAAGGGUCUGUACAAUGUUUACCUGGCUGUACACAACAAACUACCAGGUGCCCCUCGCAUUUCUAAUGCUCCUGUCCUGAUGCUGAGACCUCGAGCAUGGAACAUGGUGGAACACAACAUGCUGGUGAAUGGUAAGGAGGUUCCAGGUCCACUGUUUGACUUUGCUCUGCUGAUGUUCCACAAUGCACACCUUCUGAUAGACAGGGACAGUGGGCCCUUCUUCUACCUCUCCAAGCUUGAAGGUGCCAGUGAAGCUAGGCUAUGGAACAAGGUCUUCAUCUGGACACAGGACAAUCUGGACAUCCGUAUAGGAACAGUGAAGGCCUGUGUUCUGAUUGAGAACAUCCUGGCCUCGUUUGAGAUGCACGAGAUCCUGUAUGAGCUGAGAGAGCACAGUCUGGGCCUCAACUGUGGCAUGUGGGACUACUCAGCAUCAUUCGUCAACAAGUUUGGCCACAGACCAGAUUUUGUCCUUCCUGACCGGAGUAAGUAUGUGAGCAUGGAACGCCACUUCCUGAAGAGUUACAUGGACCUGGUGAUCCAGACCUGCCACCAGAGGGGGGCCCACGCUACAGGGGGGAUGUCUGCCCUGCUGCUCCCCGCAGGGGGGCAGGCUGGGGGGAAUGAUGUGGUCGAGAGGGUGUGUAGGGACAAGUUGCGUGAAAUCAAGUCUGGUGCAGAUGGCUUCAUGGUGUAUGAUGUGGGUCUUAUCAGACCAAUGCAUCUGCUGUAUGACAAGUUUGCUCCUGGUACCAACCAGCUCCAUGUGAAGAGAACAGACGUGCAUGCACUGAACAAGGAUCUACUGCAGAUGCCAACAGGAGGGGUGACUCUGAAUGGCCUGAAGCACAACAUAGCUGUGGGCAUCCAGUUUAUCAAUGCCUGGCUGUCAGGCCAAGGGCACUUCUUCUACAAAGGCUGUGUGGAGGACUCUGCCACAGCUGAGAUAUCCAGGUCACAGGUCUGGCAGUGGGUGCGCCAUGGUGCUAAACUGGAGGACAGUGGAGAGACCAUCACACGGAGGAUGGUGGAGGGGCUGGUCCAGCAGACACUCCGAGACCUGCACCCCACACACAUGGACGCUGCAGCCGCCAUUUUCUUGGAGAUAGUCCUCAAGAGAGACUUCCCAGAGUUCAUCACUACAUACCUGAACCUGGAGCACGCAUUUCUGAGUGGGAAACUUUCAUAGUGUAAUCAGUACUUUGUUGCUCUCCAAGCAGAGGUUUGAGCUUAUUUUUGGCGUGUUUUUAGUCUUUCUUACUGCCAAUACAAGGGUGUAAG